CUGAGCUCCCAGUAUGCAGACCUGCCCGCCAGGGCCCGGCAGCUGGACCAGGUGAGAGCGGAACAUGCCCGGCUCAGCCGCGCGCUCGCCCUGGUGACCAGCGAGCGCGACGUGGCCCUGAGGGAGAAGCGCCAGCUGCGAGCCAAGCUGGAGAACCUAGAACAGGUGCUCAAGCACAUGCGCGAGGCUGCUGAGAGGCGGCAGCAGCUGGAGCUGGAGCAUGAGCAGGCCCUGGCUGUCCUCAACGCCAAGCAGCAGGAGAUCGACCUUCUGCAGAAGGCUCAGGUCGAAGCCAAGAAGGAGCAUGAAGGAGCCGUGCAGCUGCUAGAGAACACCUUGGAGAGCAUGCAGUGCAAGGUGCGGGAGCUGGAGGACAAGUGCCGUGUGCAGAGCGAGCAGUUCAGCCUGCUGUCCAGGGACCUGGAGAAGUUCCGGCAGCACGCGGGCCACAUCGACCUGCUGGGCGGCAGCUGUGUGGCCUCCUUGGACGUCCCUCCGACCCCCAGCAAGCCUUUCCCACACUUCAUGAACGGGCUGGCCCCCUCCAUUGGGUCAGGUCAGGACAGCUCCUUCGGAAGCCGAACUGCCAUCCGAGACUACAUUCGACCCCUCCCCCUCUCCGGUGACACAACGAACCCUCUGUCCACCAGGCCCACCCUGCUGUCCAGAUCUGGAGCCCCAAGAUGCAGAUCUGAGUCCGACAUGGACAAUGAACGGAACGCCAACCCCUCCAAGCAGAGAUACUCGGGGAAGGUGCACCUGUGUGUCGCCCGCUACAGCUACAACCCCUUCGACGGCCCAAAUGAGAACCCAGAAGCUGAGCUGCCACUCACGGCAGGGAAAUACCUCUAUGUCUACGGGGACAUGGACGAGGACGGCUUCUACGAAGGUGAGCUCCUGGACGGGCAGAGGGGCCUGGUGCCCUCCAACUUCGUGGACUUCGUGCAGGAGAGCGAGGCGAGGCUGAGUGCGCUGGGGACCGAGCAGGGCCAGAACUUCCUCAACCACGCGGGCCUCGGCCUGGACGGGGAGACCAUCCUGGACCUGCAGUCCCCGCCUCGCCUGGACGCAGGCGUCACGGACGACGGCGGGGGGACGCUGGACGUGAGCGUGGACGACGUCGGAGAAGACACUGUGCCUUACCCCAGGAAAAUCACCCUCAUCAAGCAACUCGCCAGAAGUGUCAUUGUGGGCUGGGAGCCCCCGGCCGUGCCGCCGGGCUGGGGGGCCGUGGGCGGCUACAGCGUGCUGGUGGACCAGGAGCCGCGCCUCAGCCUCCCGCUGGCGGGCAGAACUAAGGCCCUGAUCGAGAAGCUGAACGUGGCGGCCUGCACCCACCGCGUGUCCGUGCAGUGCGUGACCAGCAGGGGCAGCUCCGACCCGCUGCGGUGCACGCUGCUCGUGGGCAAGGAGGUGGUGGUGGCCCCCUCCCACCUGAGGGUGGACAACAUCACCCAGACCUCCGCCCAGCUGUCCUGGCUGCCCACCAACAGCAACUACAGCCACGUGAUCUUCCUCAACGAGGAGGAGCUGGACGUGGUCAAGGCCACGCGGUACAAGUACCAGUUCUGCAGCCUCAGGCCCAGCACGGCCUACAAGGUCAGGGUCCUGGCCCGGCCCCACCAGAUGCCCUGGCAGCUGCCCCUGGAGCAGCGGGAGAAGAAGGAAGCCUUCGCGGAGUUCUCCACGCUGCCCGCAGGUCCCCCGGCUGCCCCCCAAGACAUCACCGUCCAAGCUGGGGCCACCCCAGCGACCGUCCACGUCUCCUGGAAGCCGCCCGCCCUGACCCCCACGGGGCUGUCCAACGGGGCCGCUGUCACAGGCUACCGCGUGUGUGCGGAAGGGCAGAGGGUGGCAGAGGUGAUGGCCCCCACGGCGGACGGCACGGCCGUGGAGCUGGCGCGGCUGCGGAGCCUGGAAGCCAAGGGUGUGACCGUGCGGACCCUGUCUGUCCAGGGCGAGUCCGCGGACUCUGCCAUCGCUGCCAUCCCCCCCGACCUCCUGGUGCCUCCAGCCCCCCCGCGCACCCCCACACCGAAGCCAUUAGCAAGUGCCGGAGCCCCCGAUACCAAAGAUGACCGCCUGGGUCCCCACGUCAAGGUGGACGAGGCCUGGGAGCAGGGCCGGGCGCCUUCCCACGGGCACUUGCUGGAGCUGCCCGGCCUGCCCGCGAGGCGGUCACCUUCACCCAGCAGGGUCCUGCCGCAGCCGCAGGGGGCCCCGGUGUCCACCUCCGUCGCCAAGGCCAUGGCCCGGGAAGCCGCGCAGAGAGUGGCCGAGAGCAGCGGGUUAGAGAAAAGGAGCAUCUUCCUGGACAGGAGCCGGCACUACGCCAACUCCGACGAGGAGGACGGCUACGAGUCCCCGGACGUCAGGAGGAGGGGCGCGUCGGUGGACGACUUUCUGAAGGGCUCGGAGCUCGGCAAGCCGCCGCACUGUUGCCAUGGAGACGAGUACCACACAGAGAGCAGCCGGGGCUCGGACCUGUCGGACAUCAUGGAGGAGGACGAGGAGGAGCUGUGUUCUGAGAUGCAGCUGGAGGGCGGGGGCCGGCGGAGGCCCAGUGGCACGUCCCACCGCGCCCUCAAGAUUUUAGGGAACCCAGCGGCUGCAGCACGGGCCAACAGGGCAGAUCACGGGGGCCGGAGGUUUCCCCACGGAGGCGCUGGUCCUCAGAGGUCCCGGCCCGCGGCGGUCCGGUCCAUCGAUGAAUAUGGCGACCGAGACCGACUGUCCCCGGACUUCUACGAGGAGUCUGAGACCGACCCUGGCGCUGAGGAGCCCCCGGCCCGCAUCUUUGUGGCCCUGUUCGACUACGACCCGCUGAGCAUGUCCCCGAACCCCGACGCUGCAGAGGAGGAGCUGCCCUUCAAGGAAGGACAGAUCAUCAAGGUUUACGGUGAUAAGGACGCCGACGGCUUCUACCGCGGGGAGACCUGUGCCCGGCUCGGCCUCAUUCCCUGCAACAUGGUCUCGGAGAUCCACGCCGACGACCAGGAGAUGAUGGACCAGCUGCUCAGACAAGGCUUCCUCCCCCUCAACACACCUGUGGAGAAAAUAGAGAGGGGCAGGAGGAGCGGGAGGCAGCACUCGGUGCCCACGCGCAGGAUGGUGGCCCUGUACGACUACGACCCAAGGGAGAGCUCGCCCAACAUCGACGUGGAGGCGGAGCUCACCUUUUGCACAGGAGACAUCAUCUCUGUUUUUGGCGACAUCGACGAGGAUGGGUUUUACUAUGGGGAGCUCAACGGGCAGAAAGGCCUCGUGCCUUCGAACUUCCUGGAAGAAGUGCCUGACGACGUGGAGGUGUACCUCUCCGACGCCCCGUCGCACGGCGCCCAGGACGCGCCUGCGCGGUCCAAGGCCAAACGGGUUCCUCCUGAGGGGUCAGGUACAGCAAGGAGCGCGCCAUCCCCCACAGCCCAUCUCCAUUCGGGGUCACCUGCGUCAUCUGUGGGUACUGGGAGUCCUGGGAGAGGCGGGGAAAUGUCCUCGAAAAAGAAAAAGGGGCUGCUUUUCAAAGGCAAGAGGCUGCUGAAAAAGCUGGGCGCCGUCAAGUGAGGCGGCGCUGCGAGGCCUCCAGCCGGCAGCUCCC